UUUUGACCUAGUUAACAGUUAUCUGCUUGGCUAUUUUAUUCAAAGUCAGGCCGUUUAUGCGUGAUGACAAUACUACAGUGAACAGAAUAUGUCAUUAAAAAAAGGGCUUAUUGAAAGACUGCAAAAUGGAGGGUCCAUUAUUAUUGCCGAAGGAUAUCUUUUUGAAUUUGAGAGAAGAGGCUAUCUUCAGGCUGGGGCAUUUGUACCGGAAGUGACGCUCGAACAUCCAGAUCUUGUGAGACAGCUCCACGAAGAAUUCGUACACGCUGGAAGUGACGUAGUUUUAGCUUUCACGUACUACGCAAACCGUGAAAAACUCCGAGUCAUUGGCAGAGAAAAAGAUUUGGAAGAAAUAAAUAAGAGAGCAUUAAAAAUAGCGCGUGAAGUUGCUGACCAACAUGGAUGUCUUAUGGCGGGAAAUAUCUGCAACUCUACUGUAUACGUCACUGGCGAUGAAGAAUCACACAAGAUCACAGAGGCUAUGUUUAAGGAGCAGAUUGAAGCUGCGGUUGACAUGGGUGCAGAUUACGUUGUCGGUGAAACGUUCUCUAGCUUUGGAGAGGCUAAAUUAGCUUUGGAGUGCAUUAAGAAAUACGGCAAAGGAGUCCCAGCAGUGAUAACACUGUCGGCAGUUGCCAAUGCAGUUUUUAUUGACGGAGUCACAGUAAUUGACGCUUGCAAGCUACUGGAGGAAGCCGGAGCAGCAGUUGUAGGUUUGAAUUGCGGUAGAGGACCAGCUACUAUGCUUCCACUUUUGAAGGAGAUUACAAAAAUCUGUAAUGGUCCUAAUGCUGCACUUCCGGUUACUUACCGUACAUCUCUACAGCAGCCAACGUUUAUGUCGCUGAAAAUACCGGGCACAGAUGAACGGGCGUUUCCGCUUGACCUUUGUGCAUGUCAGUGCAGUCGCCAAGAAAUAGAGGCAUUUGCUGCCGAAUGUCGCGAGAUUGGAAUCCAGUAUGUGGGACUGUGUUGCGGGAAUUCUGCAAAUUUAACUCGCAUCGUGGCGGAGAAAUAUGGCCGUACCCCACCCGCUAGCAGGUACUCACCGGAUAUGGCGAAGCACUACAUGUUUGGAGACAAGACCAAAUUUAGAAAGGAGUUCACAGAAGAUCUGAGAGCUAACAAGGGAGGCGACUUUGAUUGAGCCGAUUUAUUGACGUUCAUAAAAAGCCGAUCUAGAUAAAACUUUUUUAUAAAUAAAUGAAAACCCGAAAACUUUGUUCCACAAUAAAUAAAAAAUAACAUAAUUAUA